AUCCAAAUUAGGCGAGAGUUCUUUUUAAUAUUUUGUUAGUUUAAUAUUAUUUUAGUCGGUUCUGUUAUUUCUCUAAGUCUUUAUAUAUCUUUCCUGCUCUCCUUAGUUAGUCUAUUUCCCAUCCCUUUAGUUCCUAGUUUUCUUCUCUCUUAUCACUAUGGCAGAUGAGUUGUGGGAUGAGAUACAAAAUCUAGAAUUAGGACAAGAGGAUCCAGCCCUUUUCAUUCCCCAUGAGGCUUAUGUGAUGGUUGAAGCUUCAAAUAACUUAAGUCUGAUAGCGAGACCUCUGAACCCAAGAGUUCAAAAUCUUAACUCUGUCGUGGUAGCACUUCCAAGAUCAUGGGGACUAACGACUCAGGUGCAUGGAAGAGUUCUUGAUGCAACGUAUGUCCAGUUCGUUUUUGCAAAUGAAAUUGAUCUGAUGAUGGUGCAAAGAAGGGAACCGUGGCUUUUCAACAAUUGGUUUGUGGCAGCAACUCGAUGGCAGGUGGCUCCAGCUCACAACCUUGUCACUACCAUUGAUCUCUGGGUGCAGAUUAGAGGUAUUCCCUUACCUUAUGUUUCUGAAGAGACGGUUUUGGAGAUAGCUCAAGAUCUAGGAGAGAUCAUUUCACUGGACUUUCAUGAGGCUACCUCUCCUCAGAUUGCUUUUAUUAGAGUUAGAGUUCGUUUUGGAAUAACAGACAGACUGAGGUUUUUUCAAAGAAUCAUCUUCGAUUCUGGUGAAACUGCAACCAUCAGGUUCCAAUACGAACGUCUCCGAAGACUCUGCAGUAGCUGUUUCAGGUUCACUCACAAUCGAGCUUACUGUCCUUAUCGUCAACGUUCACUCAGCAUCGCAAGAGAAAGAGCCCUAUUCUGUGAUAGUGUUCAAAGAUCAUCAAUGAAUUCCCAGUCUCAAAUGACUGAAAGUUCAUUUCCAGUACCCAUGACUCCACCUCCAAGAGUUGAUCCUCCUCCAAUGAAUCACUCUGAAUUUGUAGCUGCUUAUCCACAUCUUGCAACAGCUACAAAUGUGAAUUACAGGUUUACAGGAGACUCAAGCACCUCCAGACAAGACUUAUCAUCUGGUUCAAACAAUAUUCUGCCAAGAAGAACUACUCAUUUCACAGACCAUCGAAGGUGCUUUGAAGCUGGUCAAUCCUCAAGACAAAAUGAAAACAGAGAACCAAGAAGACCUACAGAAAGAAUGUUGCCUCCAUCUCACUUUGAUCAUGUUCAACGCUCUGGAGGGAUUCUGAAACCUCCAAAAAAACGCUAAC